GGCGGGGCCUGUUUGCAGUGCGUAUUUGCGCGACGCCAUUUCGUGCCUCGUCUGUUGGUCGGUGUCUGCUGCACGCGCUGGUACGGACUGUAUCCACAAAACAGUACAGCACCGAAUUUUAAUCAUUUUUAGUCUUAAACUCCCGAAUCAGGCAGACAGACGACUCGACCUGAAAUACAGACAGAAUGGAACAUUCCCCCACAACCAGCAGCCUGAUGGCCAGCAACGUCACCAACAAGACAGAUCCGCGUUCGCUGAACUCCCGUGUCUUCAUCGGGAACCUCAACACCAUGCUGGUGACCAAGGCUGAUGUGGAGGCCAUCUUCAGUAAGUACGGGAAGAUUGUGGGUUGCUCUGUGCACAAAGGUUUCGCCUUCGUCCAGUACGCCAACGAGAGGAACGCCAGAGCAGCAGUCGCUGGCGAGGAUGGGCGGAUGAUCGUCGGACAGGUGCUCGAUAUAAAUCUGGCUGGGGAGCCAAAACCCCAUCGGCCAAACACUACUAAGCGCUCUGCAGGAGAUAUGUACAGUCCUUCAUUUGAUCUGGACUAUGACUUUCAGAGAGAUUACUAUGACAGGAUGUACUCGUACCCGUCGCGUGUCCCCCCACCCCCUCCUCCUCCGCUCUCACGGCCGGUGAUUCCCUCCAAACGUGCGCGAGUGAGCGUGAGCGGUGGCAGCCGCAGGACCAAGAGCAGCUUCUCCUCUAAGAGCAGCCAACGCACGUCCCGCACCAUGAGAGUUGAUGAUCUACAAACCAUUAAGAAGGAACUGACUCAGAUUAAACACAAAGUGGACUAUCUGCUGGAGAGCCUGGAGCGCAUGGAGAGAGACCACAGCAAGAAAUCAGAGGUGAAGAGCUCUAAACCAGAUGAAGUCUCACCACAGCACUCCAGCAGCAAGAAAGAGCGCGAGACCUCAGAAAUGAACGAAUAUGAGGACGAGGGAGACCUACUAGAGGAAGAGGAGAUCAAGAGUCGAGGAAGGGAGGAUGAUGAUGAAGAAGAGGAAGGUGAGCAGGAGGAAGGAGAGGAUGAUGGGGACAGCGCCAACGGAGACCAUUCUUAAACACUGCAGACACAGACACACAUGCAUGCUCCCCGUGAGAUGUAGAGUAGAUCCUCUGACCUUCAACGCACACUUAGUUUUAUUUUAGAAGUCCAGAGCAAUAACUAAGACUCUGUGGAUCAUGAAAAUGACACUUUUUAGAGAAGCCGCGUAAACCCCUGAGUCAAGCCAGCUUUCCAUGACAUCUCGUAAUUCUUGAAUUUAUAACGGUUGAAUGCUCUAGGUUUGAGAAAAUACUUUAGAUUGCAGUGAAAUAAAUCUCCUUCAUUGGUGUGACAUUGAACAA